AUGGCUAGAAAGCUGCAGACUCUUCUGGCAGACAGCCGAGCGGAGAGAGAUGAGCUUGUGGGGGAGAAUCGAGCUCUGAGAGACAGGCUCCCUCUCCUUGCAGACCCCUCUCUCGCUCUGUCUCUCUCAGAGCAGAGGGAGUUUCGGAGCAAGCUGAGAGCUUGUCGUGAGCGGGAGGGGAGGCAGGCGCUGCUGGUGCAGAAACUGCAAAGCAAGGUUUGUCAGUACCGGUCUCGAUGCCUGCAGUUGGAGCAGCAGCUGCUGGGUAGAGAGAGUGAGCUGCGCCGGGAGGAGCUGCGUAUCCAUGGGGAGCACAGUGACAGUCUGGAGAGCGCCCUCAUCAGGGUGGAAGAGGAACAGCAGAGGUGUUCUGGGCUGGUAGAACUGAACUCCCUCCUGCAGAACCAGCUGGACCAAUCAGGAGAGGUGAAUCAGGCUUUGAGGGAGGAUCUCGGAAAGCUGACGGCUGAUUGGACCAGAGCUGUGGAGGAGUCGGGGUUCAAGGAAGGAGAGUGGCAGAGAGAGAAGGAGAUCAUGAGCGCUCACAUCUCCAAUGAACACAAACGCCUGCUUGCUCUCUGGAGAGAGGUUGUGACCUUCCGACGCCACUUCCUGACCAUGAAGAGCGCCACCGACAGGGAUCUGUCUGAGCUGCAAGCAGAUUUCUCCCGUCUCUCCACCUGCCUGCAGUCCAGCUGUGGGGCUGUGUAUGCCUUGCCCCUUUCUCCCCCUCCACCAGCUCCCUCCCCUGCUCUCCUGGAGCUCACAGAGUCCCUGCAGCACAAGGAGCAGGAGCUGGCAGAGCUGAGGGUUCGAGCUGAAGCAGAGACAGAGGAGCUGAGAGAGAGAGAAAAAGAGAGAGAGCUGGAGAGGGGAGAGGCGCAGGAGAGAAAGAUGGAGAGGGAGAAGGAGGAGGAGAGAGAAAAGGAGCGAGAGAGGGAGCUGGACUCCAUGCGGGAGGCUGUCGAGAGGCUGGCAGGAGUGGCCUGUGGGCAGAGGGGUGAUGGGCAGGGGGUGUGUCUCCCUCUCCCUGCUCACACAGCGGUGCAAGGGCUGCCGGCUCUCCAGAACACCAUCGCAAAGGUAGAGAGUGCACUCCGCAGAAGAGACAGUGAACUGCAGGAGGCCUCUCUGUUCUUGAGGAAAGCAGAGUUCGAGCAAGCGAGAAAGAGAGAGUCACUGGAGCAGCGAAUCAGACAGUUGGAACUGGAGGGGGUGGAGCUACAGGAGAGGGCGGGCCGAGAGGAGCAGUCACUGAGAGCUGCGAACGAAUUGCUGAAGAGUGAAAAUGCGACCCUGCCGUCACUGAGGGAGCGUCUGAGAGAGUUGGAGCGAGAGAACGAAGAACAGAGGAGAGAAAACGUGCGACUGCAGAGUGAGCGAGAGAUGGAGAGAGAGAGGAGGGAGCAAGCAGAGGAAGAGAGGAGAGAGCUGGAGAGUGAGAGAAAGUUACGACUCACUGCUCAGUCCCUGGCCAGUGCUCAGAGUAGUGAGAGAAAGCAAGAGCUGUUCAGCCUGCGGGGGGCGCUAGAGAAAGCGGAGCUGAAGAAGGAGCUGGCAGAGAAAGAGAGGGACCAGCUGCAGGAAGCACUGCACAAGGCACAGGACUCUGUCGCCAGCUUCUCCCUCUCUCAGACUGUCCUACAGAAGGACUGUGCUGAUCUGAGGGACUCUCUAGAGAAGAUGAGCGCUCUGAACGAGGCGCUGGCAAUCGAUAAGAGAGAGCUGCACUCCCAGAGCCUGCAGUUGGAGACAGAGCUGUCCAGUUUACAAUCCAGACUGGAGUCUCUGGUCUCGGAGAGAGCCUUGCUGCAGAGGGAGCUGAGGACAGCGGAGCGAGAGAGAGAGGAACUGGAAUCAGAGAGAGACCGGAUCCGGAGUAUACUCCAACGAGCCAGCGAGAGAGAGAACGAGAGAGAGAGAGAGGAGAUUGAAAGCAGAGAGGAGAUGCAGAGGAGAGAGGAGAGACUAGAGGAGCUGUCCCGUCUCCAUGGCGACGCCUGCUCGGAGUUGCAGGCACUACGGGAGGAGAUGAGCCAGGUCACGGAGAGUCAUAGCCACGCGGAGCGAGACAACGAGAUGCUGCUGAGAGAGAGGGAGAGGCUGCAGAGCGACCUGAGAGCUCUGGAGAAAGAGAAGGAGGGGCUGGAGCGAGAGAGAGAGGAGAUGAGGUCACUCCAGGAGACCCUGCACCGUGACCUCUCUGCAGCCAAUCACAAAAAUUCCAACCUUCAGAUCCUGCAGGGUCAGCUGGAGGUCAAAGUUCAAACCCUCUCGCAGGCGAAGGAGGUGCUGCAGGGGGAGAUUGAAUGUCUCUGCACAGAACUGCAGACUGAGACCACCCGCCUGCAGAGAGAGAAGGAUAGGCUGCUGCAGGACAGAGAGCAGCUUAGAGAGGAGGGGGAGAGGGCGAGGGAGAUGGUGGAAGGAGAGAGGGAGAGGCUGAGCCAGGAGCUGAGCCUCUCCCAGGAGCGAGAGGGGAGGGAGAGGGAGAGGGUCUACGCGGAGAGGGAGAGCUGGCAGAGGGAAAGGGAGGCUCUGAGCUCGGAGCUGGGAGAGAGGGAUGGAGAGGUGGACCGACUGGAGGAGAGAGUCAAAGCGCUGGAGAGGGAAAGAGAGGAGCUGAGGAAGGAGCUAAGAGAGAGGGAGGCAGAGGUGGAGAGGCUGGGAAGAGAUCACCGAGCAGGGGAAGAGAAACUCAGGAAGAGGAGUGCAGAGACACACAGACUGAGAGAGAGGCUGGAGGAGCUGGAGACAGAGAGAGAACGACGACAGGAUAGAGAGAACCAAGAGCUGAGAGAACGAGUGCAGGCACUGGAGAAAGAGAAGGAGGGAGUGAUGAGAGAGAGGGACGAGGAGAUCCAGCGACUGAGAGAACAAGCGAGGGAGUUGGAGCGAGGAGGAGAGGAAAGCAGGGAAAGAGAAGAGUUGCUGAAGGAGAGGCUUGAGGCAGCCAGGACAGAGGAGGAUGAGAAAGUGAGAGCAAGGGAUGGAGAGAUUGAGACCCUGCAGAAGCUAAAGAGAGAAAGAGAGGUGGAGCACACUGCUGAGCUGAGGAGGAAGGAGAGAGAGGUGGAGAAGCUGAGAGAGAAGGAGGAUGAGCUGGAGACAGAUAGAGGGAAGCUGUUGGUAGAAGUUAGAGAGAGGGAGGGAGAGUUAGAGAGGAUGAGAGAGAGGGUGGAAGAACUGGAGAGAGUAAGUGAAAGUUUAAGCACAGAGCUAGGAGAGAAGGAAGCAGAGAUAGAGAGAGUAAAAACCAUACAAAAAGAAAGAGAGGAACAACAGAUCUCAGAACUGACUGAGAGGGAGGGAGAGAUGGAGAGGCUGAGAGAGAGGAAGGAGGAACUGGAAGAAGAAAGAGCAGAGCUAUGCUUAAAGCUGGAAGAGAUGGAGAGAGCAAAGAUCCUACACAGAGAAAGAGAGGAACGACAGAUCUCACAACUUAUAGAGAAGGAGGGAGAGGUGGAGAGACUGAGAGAGAAGGUGAAGACUUUGGAAGGGGGAAGAGAAGAGAUUGCCAAAAUACUUGGAGAGAGGGAGGGAGAGGUGGACAGACUGAAAGAUAGAGUAAAUGAGCUAGAGAGAGAGAGGGGGAAGAUGACAAUGGGGGUGAGAGAGAUGGAGGCAGAGAGAGAGAGACUGAGAGAGCAAAUGGAGGCGAUCAAGAGAGAAGAGGAGAGACAGAGAGCCACCCUGAAGGAGAAGGAUGGAGAGAUAGAAAGAGAACGAGUGAGAGUGUUGACCCUACAGAGAGAGAGAGAGGGGGUGAGUGAUGAGCUGAGAGAGAGGGAGGGAGAGCUGGAGACACUGAGGGAGAGAGUGAAGACUUUGCAACGAGGAAGAGAAGAGAUUGCAAAGUUACUCAGAGAGCAGGAAAAAGAGAUGGAGAGAGCAAAGACUGUACUGAAAGAAAGAGAGGUACGACAGAUCUCAGAACUUAAAGAGAGGGAGGGAGAGGUGGAGACACUGAGGGAGAGAGUGAGAGAGCUGGAGAGAGAGGGAGCAAGGCUAUCAACAGAGCUUGGAGAGAGGCAAAUCUCAGAACUGAGAGAGAGGGAGGGAGAGGUGGAGAGGCUGAGAGAGAGAGUGGAAGAGCUGGAAGGCGAGAGAGCAGGGCUAGGCUUGAAGCUGAAAGAAAUGGAGAGAGCAAAGAUCCUACAUAGAGAAAGAGAGGAACAACAGAUCUCGCAAUUGAGAGAUUUUGAGGGAGAGGUGGAUAGACUGAGAGAGAGAGUGGAGGAGCUGGAGAGAGAGAGAGCAAAGCUAACCACAGAGCUUGGAGAUAGGGAAGCAGAGAUAGAGAGAGUGAAAACCAUGCAAAGAGAAAGAGAGGAAUGUCAGAUCUCAGACGUGAGAGAGAGGGAGGCAGAGGCAGAGAGACUGAGAGAGAGGGUAAAGACUUUGGAAGGAGGAAGAGAAGAGAUUGCCAAAAUACUUGGAGAGAGGGAGGGAGAGGUGGACAGACUGAAAGAUAGAGUAAAUGAGCUAGAGAGAGAGAGCGGGAAGAUGACAAUGGAGGUGAGAGAGAUGGAGGCAGAGAGAGAGAGACUGAGAGAGCAAGUGGAGGCAAUCAAGAGAGAAGAGGAGAGACAGAGAGCCACCCUGAAGGAGAAGGAUGGAGAGAUAGAAAGAGAACGAGUGAGAGUGUUGGCCCUACAGAGAGAGAGAGAGGGGGUGAGUGAGGAGCUGAGAGAGAGGGAGGGAGAGCUGGAGACACUGAGGGAGAGAGUGAAGACUUUGCAACGAGGAAGAGAAGAGAUUGCAAAGUUACUCAGAGAGCAGGAAAAAGAGAUGGAGAAAGCAAAGACUGUACUGAAAGAAAGAGAGCUACAACAGAUCUCAGAACUGAGAGAGAGAGAGAGAGAGGUGGAGAUACUGAGGGAGAGAGUGAGAGAGCUGGAGAGAGAGGGAGCAAGGCUAUCAACAGAACUCGGAGAGAGGCAAGCAGAGAUAGAGAGAGCAAAUAAUUUACAGAGAGAAAGAGAGGAACAACAGAUCUCAGAACUGAGCAAGAGGGAGGGAGAGGUGGAGAGGCUGAGAGAGAGGGUGGAGGAGCUAGAAGGAGAGAGAGCAAGGCUGGGCUUGAGGCUGGAGGAGAUGGAAAGAGCAAAGAUCCUACACAAAAAAAGAGAGGAACAAGAGAUCUCGCAACUGAGAGAGAGGGAGCGAGAGGUAGAGAGGCUGAGAGAGAGAGUGGAGGAACUGGAGAGAGAGGGAGGGAACGUGAUGGUGGAGGUGAGAGAGAGGGAGGGAGAGGUGGAGAGGCUGAGGGAGAGAGUGAAGAUCUUGCAUGAAGAAAGAGAAGAUAUUGCCAAGUUACUCAUAGAAAGAGCAGGAGAGGCAGAGAGAGUAAGGACUGUACUGAGAGAAAGACAGGAACGACAGACCUCAGAACUGAGGGAGAGGGAGGGAGAGGUGGAGAGGCUGAGUGAGAAAGUGGAAGAACUACAGAAAAAGAACAGAGAGAUAGAGAUGUUGAGGGAGAGUGUGGAAGAGAGUCGGAGAGAGAGGGAGGGAGAGGCAGUGAGGCUUAGAGAGAGAGUGGAGGAGCUGGAGACAGACAUUCUGAGUUGGAAAGAACAAGAAGAAAUGAAGCAAAGAGAGACCGGCACUCUGAAAGAAAGGGUGAAGAGACUCGAACAAGAGGAGGGGAAGCUAAGAGCCAUGGUGAGGGAGAGGGAGAGAGAGGCAGAGAGGCUAAGAGAAAGGCUGAAGGAGCUGGAGAGAGGAGAGAGGGAGGGAGAGAUUGAGAGACUUAAGGAGAGUGUGGAUAGGAAGAGCAGAGAGGUCAUGAAGCUGAGUGACAGAGUGGAGGAGCUUCAGAAAGGAGAAGAGAAACUGAGGAAGAAAGAGAAGGCAGAGAGGCUGAGAGUGAAUGAGCUGGAGAGAGAGAGGCAGGGACAGGUAGAGAGACAGAAGGAGCUGGAGAGAGAAAGAGAACGUCUGAGAGAAAGGGAGGAAGAGGUAGAGAGGCUGAGAGUGAGGGUGGAGGUGAAAAACCAAGAGAUGAGAGAGAUGCAGAUGGAAGGGGUAAGACUGAGAGCUGCAGUGAGGGAGAAGGAGGGUGAAGUGGAGAAUAGGAACAAGGAGAUGGAGAGACUCCGGGAAAGGGUGAGGGAGCUGGAGAGAGAAAGAGGGAGCGAGGGAGAGGUGGAGUGGAGACAGAGAGCUGGGAGCCUGGAGCAGGAAGUAAGAUCACUGCAGGAAGGGAUGGCUUCAUCAUCGACACACCCACUGCAGGCUGAGCCAGCGGGUCCUCCAGUCCUGCUGGGGGACACUCUGUUCCAGGAGAGACUGUCAUCCAUGCAGAGGGCGGUGGCACAGCUGGAGCACGAGAAGCAGCAGCUGGAAGAGGAGAGAAAACAUCUGGAGCGGCGAGUGGAGAGACUGAGGAGAGAGAGAGGGCAGCUGAGAGAGACACUGAGCCAGGUGGAGCUGGAGCGUGUUCGUCUUCGUGACGAGCUCUCGGCCCUUUUCUCAUCACAGCGGAAAAACAGGACACCCAACAGUUCAAAGUUCUCCAGAGGGUCUCGAUUUCCAGAAGAGGAGGAGAGAGAGAGGCUGAGAGAGAGGGUUCGAGAGCUGGAGGAGCAGGUGCACGUUCUCCGUAGGUCGUUGUCUCUCAACUCCCAGGAAAGGGCGGACUUUAUCGAGCGCUCCUCCAGGAACAACCAAUGGCUACUCUCCCUGCGACAGGACCUCAGCCAAUCGCUGGCCCUGGUCUCACGGGAGCCCCUCCCCUCUGUGUUGGAGUCUGAGACACAGCGAUUGGACAGGAGCCUCAGGGAGGAGGAGCUUAAAUUAUCACUCAGCCAAUUCCGAGGCUCAGGUGAUGCUUCUAAAAUUGGAUGACUUGAUCUAUACUCUUGCCAUAUUGGACUAAACAUAAAUGCAAGAGAAAAUGUGGCCACUGACAGGCAAGUUGGGCCCAGCACAGAUAACAUGCUGAUCUUGGAACAGCAAAUAAGCCUUCAGUGCCUUUAUUAAGCCAACAAGAGCAAUGCUGCUGCAGCUUUAAGAGCUUCUCAAUGGGAAUCAAGAAUUCCAGCAGGCCCUUGCAGUGAUCAGCUGUUUACAACAUCCUGCCUGGAAUGGAUCACUUGAAGCCAGUGGAAAUAACAUUGAACAGCAUGUGGAUUGAAACCGCUGAUGGGCUAGGGCUCCCUCUACGGGCUGCAGGGGGAGUUAUUUAUGAACUCUCCCUGUCAAACUGCAGAGCUGAGUGGGACUUGGGGCUUUACUCCUGCAGUGUAGUUUAGUCCCCAGGUCCCUUUCCAAAACUCUUUUCCAUUCUUUUAUAGAGUGGACUCUGCACUGUUAGUUUAUUGCAGAUUAACACUUUGUAAUAUUGCCUUUUAACUUUUUGUAACAUUUUAACUUACUACAUUUUUAUAUUUAAAAAUUGCAGCUGUCUUUGAGUUUUGCUUUUCAUCGAGAUAAAAACAAAUGUAUAUAAGGUUUGUGUAAUAAAUGUCCUUAUUGUCUCAGUGUAGCCCACAUCCGGGCUGUUCAACAGAGGGCUCAUUGAACUACACAAUACGGCUCUUUUUUUUAUAAAUUUGAAUUCGCCAAUUAUUUUCUUGUUUUCUCCCCAGUUUGG